AUGGCUUCGAGACAAGAAGAUAAGAAAGAAAGAGCUGAAGCAGCUGCACGGAAAGCAGCCGAUGAACUUCAUGAUUUAAAUAAGGGCACGAAUGAGAAAGGUAGCAUGAUGCACGAAGAAACUCCAUUUGAUCAAGGGCAUGAUCAGAGAAGUAGUGGAGUAAUCGGAAAUAUAUUUAAGUCUGUUAAAGAGACUAUCACUGGGAAGGCUCAUGACACAUCCGAGACGACAUUAAGAGAAAGUGAGGAUGUCGCAGCACACAAGAUUCAUGGAGCUUCCGAGACUACGGAUCAAAAAGCUAGUGAGGCUGGACAAAAAUUGGGAGAGGAUUCUGCUGCAGAAAAGGAAAAACAAGCCGAAAAUUCCACAAUGGAAAAAAAAGCAACUGAAUACAAAGACUAUGCAAAGGAUUCGCUAAUAGGACAGUCGACUAAACUUAGAAAUAAAGGUGAGGAGACGAAAGAAGCUACCAUGAAAAAAGCCAAUGACUUGAAGGAUUAUGGUGCAGAAAAGGCAGGAGAGUACAAGGAUUCAGUAGUUGAUCAUAAAGCAAAGCAAAUGGAACACACAAUGAUGGAGAAAGCAGUCGAUAUAGCAGAGAAGGCUGAAGAGGGGAAGGAUACUACCUUUGGUAAGAUCUCUGAGCUAAAAGAUUCAGCUGCUGAUGCUGCAAGAAGAGCUGUUGGUUUCUUCACAGGGACAAAAGAAGAUGCCGCUGAUGCAGCACUGAGAAAUGAGGAACCAAAGGAACUAUAUGAAGAAACAGAGGACAAUGCAAGGAAAAUGAUGCAAGAACUUAAGCUCAGCGAAGAAGGAAUCCAGGAUGAGGCUCGACAGAGAGCUGAGGCAGAUAGAGAAACAGCAGCUGCUAGGGGAAGCGCAGCAAAAAAGAAUAUCUAUAGUGCAAUGGGGAAUCUAACAGGUUCCAUCAAGGAGAAGUUAACAAUGCCAAGUGACAUAGUAGAGGAGACGCGUGCAGCACGUGAGCUGGGUGGACCGAAGAGGGGUAUGAGGACGGAUGUUGAUGAGAGGAGUCCUGUUGCUCGAUCAGGUUUCGUUUUCACAACAGCAAAGGAUGACACAACUUCAUAGACAGAGAUUUUAGCUUGCAGAAUGUAAUUAAUGUCGACUUGUUCGUUUAUCUCUUGUACUUAGAACAAUAACAAUAAAGACUUACCGUACGGC